AAGUGAGUUUCACUAGUUUUGGGGAAGCUGUUGAAACUCUGAAUCCACAAAAGACUGCGUUUUUGAUUAUUGAACAAGAAGCUUAGCCACCUUUUUGGAAAUAUGGUUCUUCAUUUGAACUCCUGUUUUGGCUUCCCUGUCAUACUCCUGUACCAUUGGAUGGGGACAACUUUAUCUUUGAAUCUGGAAGAUCCCAAUGUUUGUAGCCACUGGGAAAGUUAUUCAGUUACAGUGCAAGAGUCAUAUCCACAUCCUUUUGAUCAAAUUUACUACACCAGUUGUACUGACAUCCUAAACUGGUUUAAAUGCACACGACACAGGAUCAGUUACCGAACCGCCUACAGACAUGGUGAAAAAACAAUGUACAGGCGUAAAUCCCAGUGCUGCCCUGGAUUUUAUGAAAGCAGGGAAAUGUGUGUCCCUCAUUGUGCUGAUAAAUGUGUUCAUGGUCGUUGUAUUGCUCCCAACACCUGUCAGUGUGAGCCUGGCUGGGGAGGACCCAACUGCUCCAGUGCCUGUGACAGUGACCACUGGGGGCCUCACUGCAGCAGCCGUUGCCAGUGCAAGAACGGCGCCCUGUGCAACCCCAUCACUGGCGCCUGCCACUGCGCCUCGGGGUUCAAGGGCUGGCGCUGCGAGGAGCGCUGCGACCACGGGACGUAUGGCAACGACUGCCACCAAAAGUGCCAGUGCCAAAACGGGGCCACCUGCGACCACGUGACUGGAGAGUGCAGAUGUCCUCCUGGAUACACUGGUGCCUUCUGUGAGGACCUCUGUCCCCCCGGGAAGCAUGGGCCGCAGUGUGAGGAGAGGUGCCCGUGCCAGAACGGAGGGGUCUGUCACCACGUCACCGGGGAGUGUGCCUGCCCACCAGGAUGGAUGGGCAUGGUUUGUGGUCAGCCUUGUCCUGAGGGUCGUUAUGGGACAAACUGUUCCCAGGAGUGCCAGUGCCACAACGGAGGGACCUGUGACUCGGCGACAGGUCAAUGCCUUUGCAGCCCAGGUUACACAGGGGAACGAUGCCAAGAUGAAUGUCCAGUUGGGACUUACGGAGUGCGAUGUGCUGAGACCUGCAAGUGUAUGAAUGGUGGGAAAUGUUACCAUAUUAGUGGUGCUUGUCUCUGUGAACCAGGAUUCACUGGAGAGCACUGCGAGACAAGGCUUUGUCCUGAGGGAAUUUAUGGUCUCAAGUGUGAUAAAAAGUGUCCCUGCCACAUGCCCAAUACCUGGAGCUGUCACCCUAUGUCUGGGGAAUGCUCCUGCAAGCCUGGCUGGUCUGGACUCUACUGCAACGAGACGUGUUCCCCGGGAUUCUAUGGCGAGUCGUGUCAGCAGAUCUGCAGCUGCCAAAAUGGUGCUGACUGCGACAGUGUGACUGGAAGAUGCACCUGUGCCCCUGGAUUUAAGGGGGCUGCUUGUGGUACUCCUUGUCUUCCGGGGACAUAUGGCAUAAACUGUUCAUCUGUGUGCAACUGCAAGAAUGAAGCUAUCUGUUCACCAGUAGAUGGUUCUUGUGCCUGCAAAGCAGGUUGGCAUGGUGUAGAUUGCUCGAUAAAUUGUCCCAGUGGCACCUGGGGACUUGGCUGUAACUUAACUUGCCAGUGUCUUAACGGAGGAGCUUGCAAUGCUCUGGAUGGAACCUGUACCUGUGCCCCGGGCUGGAGAGGAGAAAAAUGCGAACUCCCUUGCCAGGACGGCACAUACGGUCUGGAUUGUGCUGAGCGCUGUGACUGCAGCCACGCGGACGGUUGUCAUCCCACCACAGGUUACUGUCGCUGUCUCCCGGGAUGGUCAGGCAUUCACUGUGACAGUGUGUGUGCUGAGGGACAGUGGGGUCCAAAUUGUUCAUUGCCUUGUUACUGCAAAAAUGGAGCAUCCUGUUCUCCAGAUGAUGGAAUCUGUGAGUGUGCACCAGGAUACAGAGGCACCACUUGUCAACGAAUUUGUUCCCCUGGGUUUUAUGGACACCGCUGCAGCCAGACAUGUCCCCAGUGUGUACACAGCAGUGGUCCUUGCCACCAUAUUACUGGCUUAUGUGACUGCUUACCUGGAUUUACAGGAGCCCUCUGUAAUGAAGUAUGUCCCAGUGGCAGAUUUGGCAAGAACUGUGUUGGAAUAUGCACCUGCACCAAUAAUGGAACAUGUAAUCCUAUUGAUAGAUCUUGUCAGUGUUACCCUGGCUGGAUUGGGAGUGACUGCUCUCAGCCUUGCCCACCUUCCCACUGGGGACCGAACUGCAUCCACACGUGCAACUGCCAUAAUGGAGCUUACUGCAGUGCCUAUGAUGGGGAGUGCAAAUGCACCCCAGGAUGGACUGGCCUUUACUGUACGCAAAGAUGUCCCCUAGGGUUCUACGGGAAGGACUGCACAUUGAUAUGCCAGUGUCAGAAUGGAGCCGACUGCGAUCACAUCAGCGGGCAGUGCACCUGCCGCACCGGGUUCAUGGGGAAGCACUGCGAGCAGAAAUGCCCUCAAGGUACCUAUGGGUAUGGAUGCCGGCAGAUAUGUGACUGUCUAAACAACUCAACCUGUGACCACAUCACAGGAACAUGUUACUGCAGCCCAGGCUGGAAAGGGGCCAGGUGUGAUCAAGCUGGUGUAAUUAUAGUAGGAAACUUGAACAGCUUAAGCCGAACCAGUACUGCCAUCCCUGCUGAUUCUUACCAGAUAGGGGCUAUAGCAGGGAUCAUCAUUCUUGUCCUGGUUGUGCUUUUCCUGCUAGUGCUAUUCAUCAUUUACCGACAUAAGCAGAAAGGAAAAGAAACAAAUAUGCCUGCAGUGACAUAUACCCCUGCUAUGAGGGUCAUCAACGCAGAUUACACCAUUUCAGAAACCAUCCCUCACAGUAAUGGUGGAAAUGCUAACAGUCACUAUUUCUCUAAUCCUAGUUAUCAUACUCUAACUCAAUGCACUACCCCACCUCAUGUCAACAACAUGGACAGGCUGACUCUGGCAAAGGCAAAAAAUAAUCAUCUGUUUGUGAACCUUAAAAAUGUGGAACCUGGAAAACGAGGCACUGUCAUGGACUACACAGGAACACUGCCUGCAGACUGGAAACAUGGUGGCUACCUCAAUGAGCUUGGUGCUUUUGGACUUGAUAGGGGAUAUUUGGGGAAAUCCUUGAAAGAUCUAGUGAAGAACUCAGAAUACAAUUUAAGUAAUUGUUCAUUAAGCAGUUCUGAGAACCCAUAUGCUACUAUAAAAGACCCACCAGCUCUUCUACCAAAAAGUUCAGAAUGUGGAUAUGUUGAAAUGAAGUCACCAGCACGCAGGGACUCCCCAUAUGCUGAGAUUGCCAGCUCUUCUUCAGCUACUAAGAAUGUUUAUGAAGUUGAACCUACGGUGAGUGUUGUCCAGGGAUCACUCAGCAGCAGUGGACGUUUCAGCCAGGAUCCUUAUGAUCUUCCAAAAAACAGCCAUAUUCCAUGUCAUUAUGACUUGCUACCAGUUCGAGAUAGCUCCCCAUCCUCUACGAAGGAGGUCAGCAGUGAAUGACCCCAAAAACUGACAUGUAGCACAGUGGGACUCUGAAGGGGCAAAGUGGCGUGGUUGUGCUCCUUCCUCUAGUUUACGAUCAUAUUUGGCUCCUAAUCUGUCCAGCAGAGAAUUGCUGUACAUGGAACAGAAUCUCAACAUGAGGUUUGUGUUGUGUAUACAAGUGACAGAUGGAGAAAUGCCACACUCUGGGGAUCCUGAUCAUUCUUCUUUUCAUGGCAGCAAAUUUUAUAGCAACAGGUACGCAGCACAUUUAUACUAUGAUAUACUGGCUUGAAAAUAUUAGCAGAUCAGUUUUCAUAACAUCCCAUUUCAGCGACUUUAAAUAUAGAUUUCAUGUUUGUCAUGAUUCAGCAUAGAAAUACUCCCAGGACAGUGCAAUUAGCAAAUUACCACCAGUACGAGUCAUAUGGUUCACUAGUUAUGUAGAAAAAAAACGGCCUUGCCAAAUUUUACUUUCUAUUCUGAUCUUUAGUCAAGACAUAUUAAGAAACAAGAUCUGAUGGGGAUAAGUAAGCACAAUACUGCAGUUGUUUGGGAAAUCCAUCAUCAGGCUUUAUUGUCCUUUAUCGGUGGUGAGCACUCCUUGCUGGAAUAGUUUUGGAGACAGAAAGAUUGGAUACAUCAGGAUUAUAGGAUGCCUCAAGAUCUCUUGGUAUUCCAUACCCAGAACCACUCUUCAGCAAAUCUUUUGCUACCAUUCAACUGCAUAUGUUGCAGUUCUGACCACUAUUUCUGCCAUACACAACUAAUUAUCCAUAACAUAUCAGUAAUUACUCAAUAAAAUAUGUAAAUUAAAUCAGUUUAUUUUUGUCACCAUGGACUGAUUAUAUAAGGAGUGGACAAAGGUGAUGACUGCUGUAAAUCUUAACUGCAAGGAAAGGUUUACAUUUUAUAAAAAGGUAGUAAUAAUGACUGUAAUAUAGGAUAAAAAUAGUAAGGUGUUCUGAUGUUUUUUCUUAGGAAUAACUAAGCAAUCUCUGUGCGUACUUGCUAAAAAGGCACCUUUUCUUUUUUAUAGUUGUAUAGGGAAACAUAUGCUUAAGCUGGUCUUUUGCAUUGCUAAUAAUGUGACACACGUACCUCCCAGUCUUCAUUAACUUGUGUCUCCAUUUUUACACCGUGUGUCUGUUUUUCUAGUUAUGUAGGUUGUAAUUGCAAAAAUAUUUUACUGUGUGUCCAUUUCUUUUGCAUUUUUGCCAACUAGCCUUUAUUUUGUCUGGUUAAGGGACUUCUGGGCAGAGGGAGGGGAUUAAAGGAAGAAGUCAUGUCACACUGAUGUCUUUCAGAACCUAGUAGUUCAGCUUGGUGAGUUAAUUGGGAAAAAAAAUUAAGUGUUUUUGUUGAGGAUAAUAACAAAAAUGCAGAACUAAAGUAAAAAGCAGUCCUUCUAUAAAGUUGAUCUAUUUUCUGUUGACUAUAUGGAUGGACACCAUCUUUCCAAAAGGCUACUUUCUCUCCCUCCAAAAGUGUGUUAUGAACGGUGCAAUUUGAUGGAAAUUAAAUUUGCCAAGGUGUCCAUCCACUGAAGCAAAAUUGUCCCCAAAUACAUCAGCCUAUCAAUAAAAUGACUGAUGUAGACUGGACUUUCAGUGGGAAGUUACCUUUAGAGACCUAAAAAUGCUGUGGCAGUAUUACCUGCUCACAUGCUUCUAACAUAAUCCUCAGCAGGCUUUUCUACCCUGUCCUGGUGGUCACUCAGUAGCUUCAUGUGCCUAACUUGUUCCCAGGGUUUGUAUAUCCCUGAUUGAUGGGGAAAGUAUACUAGCAGUUGCAUCGCAUGGCCUAUAGUGGGAAGCAUUAGUCCUCUCUACUUUCUGUGUUGGGGUCACAUUUUGGCACAUGAAACCUGUGAUACACUAUAAUGAUGUGAAGGGCAGUCAGCAGGUCAGGAUAUUGAUGUGUGUGCUCUCCAGCUUAGCACAGGGAGCAUCAUGACCAUUUUUAUCUUUACAUCUGUACUGCAGUACAGUCCGAGUCAAAAAAUAACUACAGCUGUGACAUUUGAUAUAUUCCAAAGAAACUCACAACCAGUUGCCUUUGGGACACUAACAGCAGCAGAGGAACUUCUGGGAAUUUUUUGAAAAGGAUUCCCAGGAAUGAAAUGGAAAUAGAAUUUGCUUUUAUUUGUUCUCACUUAAGUGGUGAUAAAUGAGAGAGGUGCAAUGAAGACAUCUUAGCAGAUGUGCCUAAACCUGAGAAUGUUACAUGGCUGUAUGAAGUGCCCUGUUACAUUCUUGGUUCUCACUGUCCAUGAGGCCUGGCUGUUUCCCUGGGCAUUUCUCAUAUAUCCUUGGAAUAAAUAACUUUCUUAUCCUUGGAUUUUUGUAAGUACAGAAAUUGACUCCAAGAUUUCAAAAGCCACUUGCCAUUAAAUCCCGCCAUAAGACAAAGGAUUAAUUUGGUUUGCGUGCAUAUUGAAUAUAUGUGGAGCUACUGGUAUAUACAUGUGUUUGUAUGGUGUGAAACAGACUUUAAAAUAAAAACUUUCUUCUCUGAAGCCAUGAACAGCAAAUGAUGUCUAUAGCAAUGGUGACCUCACAAAAAUUUAUUUUCUUACUCUGUAAAACUUGGAGACCACAAGACAAAAUAAUCUUAAUAAUAUAAUCUGAUCUUUUUCUAUGAAAAAGUGAAGAGCUGAAUUAAUUAUUUGUUUGAAAAUUUCCAGUAUGUCACAUAGCCUCAAGGGACUUAUUCAGCCAAAUCAUGAUGAAAACAGAUGAAUUUCUAAUGAUUUUGCCUGUUGUGUAUGUUCCAAAUAUACCCACUACCAAAGUUUGUCUUUCUAUAUGUGGGCAAGACUCAGGCUGUGCAGUCAGCAUAAGCAAGGCCUGCGUAUAUCUGAGCUGGAUUUGCAACACACAAGAGGUCAAGUAAAAAACUUGUGAAUCAACUUCAGUGAAUGAUCAUUGGUAGACAAUCAGUAAACAGAUUGCCUGCAGGGGUAAUACAUUCUUGUUCAAUGAUAACCACCUAUCAUUCCAGAGGAAAAAAAGCACACAGGACUUGCAUUAGCAGUCCUGCUGUCUAGGCUUGGGAGGCUUGCUCUGGAGUACACUCUGCUGUCAGUUUAAGAGACCCCUCCAGCUCAAUUCUCAUGACUGUCACAUAACCCUUUUUGUAGAUCCCAGAAUGUCCUGCAGAGAACGUAAAUAUUUCUUUGCUUGCAUACUAUAUUGUGGUGGGAAUUUAAUGAGUAAGUUGAUCUAAUAAUUUUAGAAAACACCAUCUACUAGAGAAUUGGCUUCACAACAGACCAGGAUGGAAAGAGAUGUCUUGCUUCUGUAUAUUCACAUGACAAUAGUGAAAGACAACUUUGAAAAUGGAGAUAGCUAUGCCCUAGCAACUUCUUAACAGUUUAAUAAUGUGCAAAAUGCGGCACAAAGUUAAUAGCUGAUUUGAAAAUAAGUAGUGAGUAUAAGCUCUAGGUUUUAAAUCAUGUUGGCAUUAUAAUUCUGGUCAUUUAGAAGCAUAAUGAACUUCAAGGCUUUUUACUAUAUCAAAGACUUUCAAUCACAAUACAUGGUUACACAUAGAAUUUGUCCCUAUCUUGAUAUACCCAGAGAACUCCCAUUAAUUUCAAAUGCAGAUUACAGAGGAAAGAAGAAUUCAUUGUUCUCAUACUUUCUGCUGAGACAAUCUGCCAAGUCAUGUUAACAUUGAAGGGAAGUUGGGACAAAACAAAAUCAAAAUGCGGAUUGUGUUAUUUGAAAUAUAUUGGAUUUUCCAAGUACUGUGACUGCAACUGAAUUUUUAUUAGAUAUGUGUCCAAAUAAUAAUCCUGAUGCUGAAGCUCUAAAGUCCAGACUGAACAAUACAGAGCUAAUUUUGACAAAAAUGCUUUAUAUUAAAGAUUGUACAUAUAGUAGUUUAAAUGACUGAAAACAAUUGGGUGCAUGUUUAUUAAUUACCGUGCAGAAAAUCUUGCCAUUUGGUAUGCUCAUACUAGUGCUAGAGCACUGAACCUAACUUGAUAUCUACAGUUUUUUAGCCCACAAGACUUCACUUUGAUAUGAUUGAACUGUAAUAUAUUUUUAAAGAAAACCUAUCAAGUAUGCCUAGCUUCUUAGCUGUAGUAAAAAAAGUGUUUUGUUGUGAAAAUAUAUCUGUUUUCCAAAGAUGACUGAUGUUCAUCAUUCUACCCUUUACUACCAUUUAUUUUACUUCACAUACCUGUAGGUUAAUGUAAUAAAGUUUCUAAUGGAA